AUGCCUCGAAGGGGAUGUUCUAAAUUUCAUCAGCUCUCAGAUCGAAGUAAAAGGAGGCGGGUGAAUGAAGAUGAAGGAUGUUCUAAUUGGACCAGUAAUUCAGAUGAUAAUUUUUCUUCAAGGCUUUCUUAUACAAAAAAAUCUUUUAACACUUCUAAGAUUAAUACCGACCCAGCUAAUGAUAUUAAUACUUUGGAUAGUUCACAGUAUAUUUUAUAUAAUCAAGUAUUUGAAGACAAUGAUCAUCUCUCAAAUGAAGAAGUUGAAUUUAAUGAUAGCAAUUAUGAAAAUAAUUUUUUAGAUUCUUCAUCUAGUGAAACCACAUUUGAAGAAUAUUCUUCUUUAGGUUUCCAAAUGAAUAAUACAUACACUUAUUGUUCUGAAUCAACCACAACACGCUCUUCGGGUAUUGAAAACUUCUUACGAAAUUGGGCUAUAAGACACAAUAUUACUUCAAGCGCUGUUUCUGAUUUAUUAGCUGGAUUAAAAGAAAAUGUUGAUAGUUUGACUAAUAUUUUGCCGUCAGACGCUAGAACAUUACUUAAAACUAAUUUAACUCUAGAAAAACUUAAUAUUAACUGUUACGACACAUCGUAA